UUCUCAAGUUCCAAGCGUAAAGGUCUUGCUACUUGGGGAAAGUACCCGAAAAAAAAGAACUGUGUUUUUGCCUUGCAUUAUUUUGAUCUCACAAAUAGCGCUGGUGACUUUGUAACGGACAGAAAGCGCCUGGGAGCUUUGAACAGUUCACUUUAACUCCACACCUACAUCCAUAUUUGCUGAUAGUUGAAAAGACCACUGACUACCCUUCCACUGAGUAUUCUCUGGUGGAGGAUGUUGCCCUCCACUUUACUUGUUUGAUGGACAGACUGAAUGAGCAGCGCCUAUUUCAGCCAGACCUGUGUGAUGUAGACAUUGUAUUGGUGCGGCAAAAGAACACGUUUCCUGCUCACAAAGGGGUACUCGCGGCCUACAGCCAGUUCUUUCAUUCCCUCUUCACACAAAAUAAGCAGCUUCAACGAGUCGAACUUUCGCUGGAAGCGCUAACGUCGCAAGGGUUCCAGCAGAUCCUUAACUUUAUCUACACUUCGAAGCUGCUGGUGAACGCCUGCAAUGUGCAGGAUGUGCUGAAUGCUGCUGCAGUUCUACAGAUGAAUGACAUUGCCACUUCCUGUCAAGAGUUAAUAGAUAGCCGGUCCUUAAAUUUGACAACAGUGGUGAGCGAUAUGUCGAAACAGGAAAGCCACGGCAAUCCUCUUGGUUCUCAGUUUUACCGUGAAAUCAAGCAAGAGGUGGACUCGCAUCCCAAAAUCUACGCCAGAGAAGGUAACAAUCCCUACUCUGUUCGGGUGGAGGAUAACACUGGGAAACAGCACUCUCCUCUGCAGCAGAAGCAGCAAUAUUACAAGGAGGAGAACGACAGCCAAACAGUGUGCAAGAUCGAGGGCGACACUGAGUUGGAUGAUGACUCUGACAGCAGGAGCUCGUACAAUAGGGAGCAGAUCAUUGUAGAGGUUAACCUUAACAACCAGACUCUGAAUGUUUCUAAAGGCGCUGAAGGCAUGUCUUCACCUUCAGAGGCGACGGCUGUUUUGGGAAGAUGUCCUGAGGAGGAAGAGGAGGAGGACGAGGAGGAGGAGGAGGACGAGGAGGAAGAGGAAGAUGACGACGACGACGAUGACGAUGCUGACGUUGGGGACGAGGAGGAGGACGAAGAUGAUGUUAGUGAGGAAGAUGAUGAGGACGUGGAAGAGAGUGAAGAUGAUGUAAAUGAAGAUGAUAAUCCCGAAACUCCAGAAGUUAAGACUGAAAGUGGCCAAACUACGCGAAGAACAGCAAGAGCGUCGACUGCCUCCAAAGGGUCGACUCCUGCAGCCUCCAGCAGGUCACGGAGACGGGCCAAGCAAGAAGUGACCACUCGAGGUAGGAAGCGAAAGAAGGAUUCCGAUAGCUCAAAUCAGAAGGUGAAAAUUGAGGAGAAACAGAACUUCCCCUGCAAAAAGUGCCCCCGGGUCUUCAAUAACCGUUGGUACCUAGAAAAGCACAUGAAUGUCACACACAGCCGCAUGCAGAUCUGCGACAAGUGUGGCAAGAGAUUUGUACUGGAGAGUGAGCUAUCACUGCAUCACCAGACUGACUGUGAGAAAAGUAUUCAGUGUGUCACCUGUGGGAAGGCAUUUAAGAAGCUCUGGUCCCUUCAUGAGCACAAUAAAAUAGUCCAUGGUUAUGCAGAGAAAAAGUUCUCGUGUGAAAUCUGCGAAAAGAAAUUUUACACAAUGGCCCACGUCAGAAAACACAUGGUUGCUCACACAAAGGAUAUGCCAUUCACCUGUGAGACUUGUGGGAAGUCAUUUAAACGCAGCAUGUCACUAAAAGUCCACUCUCUGCAGCAUUCGGGGGAGAAACCUUUCAAAUGUGAGAACUGCAAUGAAAGAUUCCAGUACAAGUAUCAGUUGCGCUCUCAUAUGAGCAUCCACAUCGGACACAAGCAGUUCAUGUGCCAAUGGUGCGGCAAGGAUUUUAACAUGAAGCAGUAUUUCGAUGAGCAUAUGAAGACGCACACUGGGGAGAAACCGUACAUCUGUGAAAUCUGCGGCAAGAGCUUCACCAGUCGACCAAACAUGAAGCGCCAUCGGCGGACGCACACGGGCGAGAAGCCGUAUCCCUGCGACGUCUGCGGCCAGCGGUUCCGUUUCUCCAACAUGCUGAAGGCGCACAAGGAGAAGUGCUUCCGAGUCACCAACCCCAUCACUGCAGACAGCAACCCACUGAGCCUCACCUCCACCACGCCGCCCAAUUCCAGCCCCCUCAUCUCCCACCCCCAGACUCACCCACACUCCCACCCUCACCCUCACUCCCUUCCGCUGCCUCUCCUGCACUCCCUCCCUCCAACUCUCCCCCCUCCUCCCCACCUCCCGCCGCCUCCGCCCCUCUUUCCAGCUGGUCGGAUAAACGCCAACAACAAUUGAACCGCUAUGAGUUUGUGUUUUCCUUUCCUCUCCAAACAAAAGAGACAAGUAACUGUAGCAGACGGUCGAAAGCACGCCCCAGGUGUGAUGCUGAAUAUACUGUUACCUGGAAGGAAUAUAACCAAAGGAGGCAUAUGUACUUAAAGGAUGGGGACUAAAAGUCAAUGAACCUUGGGGGAAAAGACCAUAUGUAACAAAAAAAAACUAUUUUGGUGUAUUAUUUACAGUAAGGAUGUAGGCAAAGGAUUUUUUUUAAUAUCAUAUAGGACAAGACUAGUGUGGACUGGUCUGAACCACUUUUAAAGGCAACCAUAGACUUUAACUGCUCACUAAAAAACCUUUUUGUUAGAAUUUUCAAACACGAAUAUCCCUGCAGCAUAUAAUGCAAGAAGGACGUGUACAGAUUUAAUAGUGUGCAUCCUGAGGGCCAAGAGACUAAGUAAGUGGCCCUUCAUAAAUGUAUUCCUGAUGUACUUAAUUAGCAAGGUAAUAUGGGAUUCUUCCCCUUCCUGCCGUUCCCCCGUCCCCCCCCAGCCUCCCAUCUAUAACCUGCUAUUUUAUUUAACAAGGGUAAAACGAGCUGUGCUUGUGUGUGGCAAGUUUAACUAUUUACUGGAGUGCACCUAACAGACCUGAAGUUUUAGCAGCCAGUGUCGUAUUGUGUAAGUGAACCGAAACAGUGUUGUAACCAUGGACAGCGUGGCCUACUAUGGAAUCGAUGGAAGCGAGGGUAAGAGUGAAGGAACUCCAGCUUGUGGGAAUAUACGGAAACCAAAGAGAGGAAGACUGUCAAGAUUAAUCAGAAAAUAGUUCUUCGGGCUAGGAAGUUAGGAGUCUGGGCCAAAUCCUACUUCUCCCACCCCUCUGAACCCACUCUAGCUCGCCUUUGCUGUGUUUUACAUCCAAAAUUUGUGUAUGUUUCUGGGGAAUAAUUUUUUUGGAGCACCAAGUUAGCACUUAAUCAUGGGCACUGUGGCUUUUAACAGGAGGUGGAGUUAAUAAAAGCAGAAAUUGGCAUUUUCUAGUCCAUGGAAUACCAAAAAAAAGACUGGUUACAGAACUGGUCCGGGGAGUUUGAUGCAGAAUUGGGGUGACACGUUAGUGUAACACUGAAGGAAAUGCAGUAAUUCUGUUGUGCACCCAACAGAAAAGAUGCAUAGGACUGAGCUGAAAAAAGGCACAUGGUGGCAGUCGAGCAAGGAGCAUCAGGUUAUUGACACAUUAGCAACAAUUACUGCUCCAGGCUACAGUGAGCGAGGGCUUUUGUUCUGUUCAUUAAAUCUUUGCAUACUCGACAGGAAAACCAAUGAAUUUCUCUUUCAAAUGUUGCCUUAAAAGGUUGGGUGCAUUGAGUUGCAAGUCUGGAUAGAGACAGUUCGAUGAUGGAUAUGGGUGCACAUCACAGAAAUGUUUCUACCCUUCCUUCCACUACUCCCAGCAAAUGUGGCUGCAGUUAACUCGUCUGGAGAUGUGCUCCGGUCUAAAGUGUAAAACUAAUGCGUUUUUGUGAUGGAGGUUUGUGUUUCAGGGAUUAAUGGGUCAGCAGGCAAUAAGGCUACUCCAGUGAUUUGUACUUGUGUACGAGUUUCAGCUGGUAUUUCAAUGAGUGUUUGGGUAGGGACUUUGUCAUUAAUAAACCCCAUCAGUUUUCCUUGACCAAGGACUUUUUAGUCAAAUAUCCUGUAUGAUUGUGCCCAAGGAUAAGUGAACAUUGUGAUUGAUAGUGGACUAAUGUUGAACGUAAUUGAGCCUUUGUUUUUGGUAACCCUUCUAGUAAUUAGUCAGGUAGUGGUAUGGAAAUCCUUGGGAUCACUUGCAUUGCUUAUCCUUUGCAUCAUACCAAGUCCAGUUUGCCUAAGAUGUCUUCACCUCAAAAAUGGUGGACUCUGGAAAGUAAAUUUUUGCAAGAAGAAUCAAGGGAGGAGAAUAGACAGUGCGGUCUUCCAUUGUAAGUGCAGCAAGUAAGUAGGAAACAAAUUGGUAGGGUGGCCUUUAUUGCAAAGAGAUUGGGGUACAAGGGUAAAGGCCUGCUGCAGUUACAUUGGGUCUUGUUGAGACCACACAUGGUUUCAUUAGAUUGACUGCUCAGUCCAGGGAUUGUCAUGUGGAGAGAUCGAGUCUGCUAGAUGUAUAUUCCCUAUAUAAAAGAAUAAAAAGAGGUCUCAUUGAAACAUAAGGUUUUAUGUGGCAUGAUAAGGUGAACACUGAGAAAAUACUUCUCAUGGCUGGAGAGUUCAGAUCCAGCGGAUCACUGUCUUGGCCAUUUGGGACUGAGGUGAGGAGAAAGUUCUUAGCUCAAGGGCUUGUGAAUGUUUCGAGUUCUCGAGCUCAGAAGGCAAUGGUUGUUUAGUUCUUGAAUAUAUUCGAGACAAGAUUGAUAGGUUUUUGGGAUACUACUGCGUCCUUGAACAGCAGAGAAGGCUCAGAAAGGGCCUCUUCAGUCCCUACCUUCUCUCGUUCUUGUAGGCAGACCUGAUGCUGCUGCACACACCAAGACAUUGCUGGUGCUUUCACAGUCUAUAUGUAGAUUGCUGGGAGGUGCCGUCGGGGUUGAACAUGUUCCCACAUGCUGCCAUUUUAAUUUACUUUGUUUUGCUCAACUAACGGGUACUAGCAAACGUUUUUAAACUUGAACACUAACUGAGAUUUUAAAAGCAUUAGUACAGUGAGACUCAUGGGCAGUCUUGCUUUUUGAAAAUAAUUAAAGCUGCAGUGAUUGCUUGCUUUGAGGCCUGCAAAGGCCUUAGAUUUUCAGACAACAUUGUACACUACACUGCAUCCACAUCACAGGUUACUCCUUGUGCAAUUAUUGAAUGUCCCUCUCCCUCCUGUGAUGAAGUAGGAUUGGAAAAAUUGUGGCUCGUUUGAGAUAAUUGGAUCAGAAAUGACAUAAUCAGCAGCUUCAAUCAUAGUAGAAAAUCACUAUCUUCCAUCGGGGAGGAGUAGAAGUUCCUUGUUUCUGUUGUGCAGGUUUUUGAAGAAUCAUUAUUACAUUUAGUGGCAAGUAGCAGGGGAGUGAAAGUAUCUUUGCAAGUGCACUGUUAAGUCACAAGCUAUAUUUUAUCAGAGAAUUUAACGUGCAGUAUUUGUCAUUGUACAGAGGAGAGGAGGAAUAUGUCAGUGAAGCAUCACAGUAUUUUUAAUGUGCUCUUAUCGGAUACAGAGUUUAAAAUAUUAAAUAAAAUAAAAAGUUGGUUAUUGUAAAGACAUAGGACUUUUUUUAAUAUUAAAUGUUUUUGAUACUUUUGAAUUCUGCCUAUUUUGCUCAUCGUGAAGAGAAGGAAAUAUAGGAAAGUCACAAUUUAAGCAAUAGUAAAGCAAGGGAAUGGGCAUCCUGAUGCUGUUCAGUACUGAUGAUUCAGCACUUUUCUGACUUUUCAUUGAAAUUUAAUGUUCUACCAUAGGAGCCCUCAGCUGGUCAUUGGCAAAUAAACAUUCUUUUAAAAAAAAUCUGGCCUCCUGUAUAGGAUCCACUAUAGUGGCUGCAGACUUGUUUGCAAUUUGGCGUGAGAUCUGUAAAUAAAGGGGAGUCCCCACAUUGUGACGUUUACACAAAACAGUUCAAGGUGAAUCAUUCAUUUCCAGUGUUCCUUUUCCUUAAACCCAUGGUCUACACUGCUAAUAGUCACACACCAAAUGGCUACAGCCAGACAGUGUUGUGAUUCUGUCUUUUUUUGUAGCUGAUCUGUGUAUUAUUGAGGGGAGGGAGGGUUGGUUGAAUUCCAUAAUCCUAUUUUUUAAAAAAAAGAAAAUGUUUUUGACAAAAAUUAUCCCAAAGAAAGCAAUAAAUAGACAUUUGCCAUUACAAAGCAGGACAGCCUUACACAGGUUGUAUAUUGCACCCGUACAGUCUAUCAUAAUGACAUUGUGUCUCAGGACAACAAUAUUAAAAGGAUUUUAUUUUGUUUUGGUGGCACUACCUUUGGUGAGUCAUAUUUUUAUUUCUAAAAUAAAUAAAUCCUCAUUCCAAUUCCAACUUUGGGAACUCUCAUCCCUUUUCUAGUUGAACCCACAUUACUGUUCCUUACGGAAGUAAUUCCAUCUGGCAUGCUAUGGUCUGCCAGACUCCUGAGGCUGAAUUGAUUAAAGGUUUGGAAGAGUUAUACUCAAAGGUUUCUUAAAGGAAGCAUUAAAUUCAAAGGCUGUUGAGUUUGAAGGUCAGAGUUGAAGGGUGAGGUUUAAUUUUGAAUCAGAGCAUUUAACCCUUUGUUGAUACCCCUAUCUCACCAUGAAUGUUACUUUAGCUGUACUGAACAAUAUCAUGGGUAAAUUUAUUCAUGUGCUUCAUUUAGGUAAGCUAUUUUUACCAUGAAAUCUUGCACCUUAUCCCUAUUUAAUAGUCCUUUCUACACAAACCAGAGGGGUUGAUUGGGGGGGCAGGGGAGGAGAGGGGUUGGUGGGGAGAAGCGAUGCUUCAUACUGUAGUUGUUCCACUAUCUUGCUGAGAGAUUUUUGUUUUGAAGUGAGAUUGUACCAAUGUUGCUCGCUGCAUAGUUCUGCCUCAUUCAGGUAGCAGACAGCUUGUUGAACAUAGGGAAAUGCUACAGUUAAUAUUCAAUGGACUCGAGGCCAAAAUUUAGCUUGGCCGUUUAGUAAAGCAUUAGGUUUAAGAAAAGAAAUAAAAUCAAAUUUGUGUAUCAGUCAUAAGUAUCUUAAUUCUAUAUUUUACUACAUAAACACAUCUUAGUUAACUUGUGUAUAUAGCAUUAAUAUAGAAUGUUGUAAUCUUGUGGUUAAAAGGAAGAUUAUGUCAAUAGGUGCUACAAUUACCAGUCUAUAUCCGUCAUUUAUGUAUUGCUUAGUGUAUAGUGUAUUCAGGAUUUGCUGUCUUAAUUCCUGAGAGAAAUAAAUCCUUUCAUUAUAAUAA